CAACAAUUACACAAACUCCACUCAAAAAAAUCAGGCUAUAUCCUAAAACGUGCGGAUCUGGAAAAACGACCCGAAUAUUAAACGGGCGGGGCCCGAUGAGUCCCUCGCAGCAACAACCCUAAUUCAAGACAAAACCAAAGACUCGAGAGACAAUACAGAGCACACAAAUCCCGACAUGUUGAGAAGAAAACCCACAAAGAUCCAACUCAUAAUCCAAGACCGCGAAGAACUCGACCAAUCCCGCAAAUCCGAACCAACCACCGCUCCUCCCUCCUCAUCCUCCUCCCUCCUCCAACAACUCAUCGACCCAACAAAACACCAAAACCCUUCCUCCAAAUCCGACAGAAUCGGCAUCUCCUCUUCCUCUUCCUCCUAAAAACUCAAAUGGAAGUCGAAGUCAAGCUCCGUCUCCUCACCGCCGCCGCUCACCUCCGUCUCACCACUCUCCUCACUCCCUUCCACCUCAAAACCCUCCACCAACGCAACCUCUUCUUCGACACUCCCACCAACGACCUCUCCCUCCGCCGCGCCGUCCUCCGCCUCCGCUUCCUCCACAACGCUUCCCUGGCUACUCCUCCGUCUCCUCCGUCGCAGCAGCGUUGUGUCCUCUCUCUCAAGGCGAAACCGACGCUGGCUAACGGGAUCAGCCGCGUGGAGGAAGACGAGGAGGAGAUCGAUGCGGGGUUAGCUCAAGAAUGUGUGGAUACUCCGUCUAGGUUAUCGGAUCUUGGGUCUAGGGUUUUGAAGAGGGUUAGGGAGGAGUAUGGGUUUGAAGAUUUUGGAGGGUUUGUUUGUUUGGGUGGGUUCGAGAAUGUGAGGAAUGUUUAUGAGUGGAGAGGUGUGAAGCUUGAGGUUGAUGAGACUAAGUUUGCUUUUGGGAAUUGUUAUGAGAUUGAGUGUGAGACUGAGGAACCAGAACGUGUUAAGACGAUGAUUGAGGAAUUUCUUGUGUUGAAUAAAGUUGAGUUUAAGGAUUCGGACAUGACGAAGUUUGCUGUUUUCCGGUCGGGGAAGCUUCCUUGACUGAUGGUUAGUGGAGUAUCUAUCUGAGAUUGGAGAAACGGUGGAUCCAGUUUGAAGCUGGCUUAUCGGUUCACUGGCUUAUCGGUUCACGGGAUUCGGUGUCCAUCAUGACUCAAGUUGUAUUUGACUACAAUAAAGUUUAUUACUGAAUUGGAUGAUCUCAGUUUGUACUAUUUCUUAGAAGCAUUUGAAUGUUCUCCUAAGCUGUAUCGCGUCUUGGUACACUUCUUCAUAUAUUCAU